UGCAUUAUUAUCUAUGGUAAUAAAGACAUACCUUUCCACGGUCACUUCUACGUGCCCAGAGUGUAAUUACUCACAUCCAGAGACAUCGCGAUCUGCUCUAUUACCAUUGUGCUAUACCAUAAAAUGAUGAGACUUUGGAAGAUCCUCCUGAUCCUGAGUACUGGGUUGGUAUGUUACCUCUUCUACCAGAGUCUGCAGAGCCAUACGGGACCUGGAUACCACCGGUCCAGGAAUGGAGGAGCGGCACUAUCAGCUGAUGGAUGUUCCCUUGUAAACAUCAUUCUAUUACAUUCUACAAUGAAGAUAUUAAAAAAAGAAGAAUUUUUUAAGGUGGUUAAGAUGCUACAAAGAUGUCCAUGGAUCGAGAACCCAGAGGAGCACAAGCUGCUGCAGAGAAACUUCCAGACGUGUUGCAAUACCUCCUACUCAAUGAUUGUGACACAGGAGAACACUGAGAUGGGUCAAACCAUUCAAUACGAGGUAGAAAAACGAACCAAAAAUGUCACUGAGGAACUUUACAAUCUCUUUCCAAAGAAGUCUCCUUUCCAGAAAGAAAUCAGAAGCUGUGCGGUGGUGGGUAAUGGUGGAAUUUUAAACAACAGCUUUUGCGGCAAUGAGAUUGACCGGGCUGACUUUGUGUUCAGGUUAAAUUUACCUCCACUGAAUUGGACGAAUGAUGUGGGGACAAAGACCGAUCUUGUCACCGCAAACCCGAGCAUCCUGCUUAAUAAAUUCAGGGGCCUCAGGAAGGAGAAGGAACCAUUUAUCACCAUGGUGAAGGAAUAUGGCUCCUCUAUGAUCCUACUACCAGCGUUCUCAUAUUCAAUGAACACUGAGGUCUCCUUUCGGGCACUCUAUACCAUCAAAGACUUUGACUUGAAAAGCAGAGUUGUCUUCUUCAACCCGGACUACCUCCGGAAUUUGGGCGCCUACUUUAAAAGUUUGGGACUUAAGUUUCAGCGAUUGUCUUCUGGCCUCAUGAUGGUGAGCGUGGCGGCUGAAGUUUGUGAAACGGUGACACUUUAUGGAUUCUGGCCCUUCUCUGAGGACCUGGACGGAGUUUGGAUCUCCCAUCACUAUUAUGACAAUGUUAUUCCGAAACCUGGAUUUCACUCAAUGUCUGAUGAAUUUUAUUGGUACUUACAAAUGCAUGCUCAAGGGUCUCUGCGUCUGAAACUGGGGCAAUGCUAAUUUUUUAUUUUUUUUUGUUAUAAAGUGGAAAAACUGAUUAAUUAAGGAAGAGAUUUGGGUUUGUAAAGGAAAUUUGUAAGUUCUGUAUAUAAUUGUAUUCUAUUUUGUAUGUAUUGCACACUGCACUCAUUGUGCACGCGGCACUAAUAAUGUUUUCAUUACAUGUUUACGUUCUUUUGAGUCCCGAUUAGAAUUAGCCUGCCUGUUACGCCCUUUGUUACCAUAAAAGUACAAUUGCAAUAAUAAUGUGAAGCCUACGUAAUCAUUCAUGUGUAUAAAUACCUUCAACUGCGUCAUAAUAAAGCAGAAAAGUAAUUUGAACGA